AACAUUUAGUGCUUUGCACUAAAUUAAGUCGGCGCGAUAUAGCAGUUACGUAACAAAGCAUAACCUAUAGCGUAACUUAUAGGGGAGACUUUGACCCCCGAUUUCGGAUGCAAGGAGUGGUCCUAGAAGUCUUAAAAUUUGGACGUGCUUCCGGUUAUCGACCCUUCUGCGUUCAAUGGUCAAGGUCCCAAGUUGAUAUCUCUUACCGUUUGGCCGCUACGGAGCGGGACAGACAGGCAUUCACGAUAAUUACAAUGGUGGUCGCGGCCCGCCUGGGAAGGGGUGGCCGCGCCGCUAAAAACUCUAUCCAAUUAAGGCUGGUUCAGACACGGCUAGUAAUUUAGUCGAUUGGGGAAUAGCUACUUACUACUAAACCGUUUAGCGCAUAGGAAAGUGUCCGGACUAGUACAGUUGAGCUUUGAAAAUCGAAAGUACAAGACAUAUCAGCGAGAGCAAUGAAGAGGCAACGCCAUCGUGCGGCAUUAAACAGUGUCAUCAAAAGAUUUGUUAAGGUCGUUGCAGAAGAAGUUGAAGAAGAAGCGACAAAUGAACGCGUGUGGGUUAGGCCCUGGAUAAAUUGAAGAAGUUCAUUGGGAAUGUCCAGUUCUCUUUUAAAAGAGUUGGCUGUAGAAGACAAAACAGAAUAUUUUAAUACUCUUCGAAUGACUGAAGAAUCAUUCAAUAUAUUAUUUGAAAAAGUCAUCGAAAAAAUACAGCGAAAGGACACACAUAUUAGAAGUGCAAUUCCUGCAAAAAUAAAAUUGCAAACAAUCUUGUAUUUCUUGGCAACAGGAUGCAGUUUAAGGACGCUGCAACAUCUGUUUAGACUUGGAAAGUCCACCAUUUCCGAAUUUAUUCCGGAAAUGUGUGAAGCUGUUUCUAAGUCACUAAAAGAUUUUAUUAAGGUCCUAGAUGAAAACGAGUGGAAAUGCAUUGAGAAUGGAUUUAGAAAAGAAUGGAACUUCCCUAGAUGUUGUGGAGCAAUUGAUGGAAAGCAUGUAGCUAUUAAAGCACCUGCUGAUUGCGGAAGUUUGUACUACAACUACAAGCAGAGCAAUAGCAUUGUUCUGAUGGCUGUUGUAGACCACAAUUAUUGUUUUAAGUAUAUAGAUGUAGGAUGCAAUGGAAGGAUUUCGGAUGGAGGGGUGUUCCGCCACUGUAACCUGUAUCAGGCAUUAGAAAAUGGCAUGCCACCAAGCAAUCAUUUUCUGGCUGGCGACAAUGCCUUUCCAAUGAAGGAAUACUUAUUAAAGCCUUUCCCUGAUUGUCGACUGACUGUUAAGCAACGAGUAUUCAAUUAUCGCCUGUCGCGUACAAGAAGAGUUGCGGAAAAUGCAUUUGGGAUACUAGCAAGUAGAUUUCGAAUAUUCGAAAAGCCAAUGCCUUUUUGUCCAGACAAAGUAAGCAUUAUGGUGAAAACAUGCUGUACGUUACACAAUUGGUUACGAGUAACUGCAACACGUACAUUCUGUCGAUGCUGAAAAUUACGAAUCCGGUGCAUUAAUUGAAUGCAAUUGGAGGUCUUCGCAACCACCGCUUGGAUUACUUUCAUUGGGUAGGACGUUAGCCAAUCAUCCAACUCGGCGUUCGCAAGAUCUCCGUGAGAGACUUGCUGAUUAUUUUGUA